GUUGACGCUCUCCGGCCGGUUGGUGGAGGUAAUGCGCCAUCCACCAGAAGAAGCCGCUGCAGAGCCGGAGGAAGAGGAAGUGUUGGCCGUGGACUCGGGCUCGGUGUCGGGACAGGUCUGACAGCUUCAUGUCCACAGAUGGACGACCACACGUACUGCUCAGCCCAGGAACAAGCGGCCGAACCUGACCCACCGUCACUGAAGAGGCGCAAACUUCAGGAGGUGAAACGGAACCGGGACCGACGGCGACAGAAGACCAGGGUCAACAUCGGGGUGGCUUUCUCCAGGUGGAAGUCUCUGAUGAGGGAGAAGUGUUUCCAGAAUGACUCGGAGGUGGCCUGUUUCCUGCUGCACAGCUACGAGAAAGGAAAUCUUUUUCCAGCCGCAGCUCGGAGAGUGCCUACCAUUGGUGACCUCAGUGGGUCGGACAGUGAUGAGCAUGUCACCGCAGAAGCUGCAGAGGCUCCUAUCAUCGAACAAAGCUUACAUGACACGAGCAGGGUUAAGGACAUGGCAGACAGUGUCAUUGACUGGGCAGAGGACGGUUCCCCUUUAUAUCAACCAAAGGACGGAGCAGAGGACAACGACAGCUCUGAUGACGAGAACCUUCCAUCAAUUUGUAUACGGACGGGUGGAGCAUUACAGCGAGCACCAUCGAUCGAUCGACUUCCAGUUAUUGGAAUCGAUGAAACUGUGCAUGACCAGCCUGCGUAUGAAGACCCUCCUGAUGAGCCCCGUCCUCCCUCUCAGGACGCCGCUCUCCCAGGCCCACAGCAAGUCCUUUCUGAAGAGACUCUCAUCGGUGCCAAAGCUUCAAUAGUAUACGAGGACUGUUUGAGACAACUGGCGUCAUUUCUGGUUCUGCCCGUGGAAAAAUGUUCAGGCGGCAUGAAGACCGGUGAAACGUGCGACUGUGUUGCCCCCUUUGAGAUCAACAUCGCUUACAAGGGCACAGCAACGAGUGUUGAAUGGAUCUGUCCCAAUGGACACAGCGUGUGGAGGUGGAAUUCGCAGCCUGUGAUGAAUUUUGGGAUGCAAGCUGGAGACUUUCUCUUAUCCACCAACAUUCUGUUGUCUGGCAACAACUAUGCAAAAGUUGCCCUCUUGUUCAAUUUUAUGAACAUGGGGAUGGUGAGCAAGAACACGUUCCACUCCAUCCAAGGCUCUUACUGUGUGGACACGAUAAAGGAGUUCUGGGAAGAGAGGAGGACUGAGGCCAUCAGCCGCCUCCGAGGGAAAGAUGUUAUGGUCCUAGCGGACGGCAGAAAUGACUCACCGGGCCAUGGUGCACAGUACUGCAGCUACAUCACCAUGGAGAACGAAACCAAAGAGGUCAUUCAUGUUGCCACUGUAGAGAAGCGCCAGACGUCUUGGAACUCUGUCGUCAUGGAGAAGGAGGGUUUUAUCGAGACCGUGGGUACACUGUCGUUACAGAUAAAGCUGGUGGAGAUCUGCACAAAUGCUAAUGCCCUGAUAGGAUCCCUUAUGAGCCGAGAUGAAGGCAGAUACAAGGAUCUGGGAAUUCAUCACAGUUUGGACGUGUGGCAUGGUGCAAAGAGCCUGGCCAAAAAAAUAGCUGUUGCAGCAAAGAAAAAAGGACAGUCCAUCCUUCUCACCUGGCUGAAAGACAUCGUAAACCAUUUUUGGUGGUGUUGUAAGACAGCUGACACAACACAGCAGUUUCUUACACUGUGGGUUAGCAUCAUUCACCACAUCUGUAACAUCCACACAUGGUCUAAGGGGAGCUGCCACCAUGGGCACCUGGAAGAAACCCGUGGGAAGUCGUGGAUCCAGAAAGGCACCAGGUGCCACAAAGCUUUGCUGGAGAUUGUCGUCAAUAAGCGCUGGCUGAAGGAUAUACAUAAAUAUCUGCGCUUCAGAUCAACUGCAGACUUGGAGACGUUCCAGAAUCAUAUCCUGAUGUACGCCAACAAGCGCUACACGUUCAGCUCUGCAGUGUACGAGGCCAGAGUUCUGCUCGCCGCUCUGGACUAUAACUUCCACCGGAACAGACCGACAGUGAAAACAGUGGACGGCAAAGAGAUUUUGAGAAGGCUGUACAAGAAAAAUGGAAGAAGAUACAGCGUAUACGCCCUGAGGUCUGAAAAGAGCUAUGAAUACAUCUCAGACCUGCAAGCUAGGAUUGUUAAGAGGAGACUGAGCAGUGAAGCACCAACAAGGUCAAGUUUUCAACCCAAUGAACCCAGAGGGCUCGGUUGGGUGACUGCUAUACCUGCACCAACCACACCAAUAUUUGUGCGGACAGUCAAGAGAUGUGUGGUGUUGCCUGCAGACGUCCAGCAGGUGCUGGUCGGUGAUGUCGCCCUUCCUGAAGGGAACCACAGCUUGGAGCCGGAGAACCCAGAGCCCUCACACAUAAAAGAGGAAGAGGAGGAACUCUGCGUCAGUCAGGAGGGAGAGCAUCCCGACUGUCAGAUGGAGGCUGACAUCAACAGGUUCCUGUUCAGUGCGGCCUCUGUGAAGAGUGAAGAUGAUGAAGAGGAACUUCAACAAACUGAAGACAGCAGAGACGCAGAGCCUCGAGCUCGCAGCUCAGCUAUGGAAGUAAAGACAGAAAGUGAUGCAGAGGACUGUGGAGGAUCAGAACCGGCCAGGAACCCAGAGCCAGAUAAUCAUUCCCAACCAAACACUGAUGAAAAGGAUUCAGACUCUUCUGACACUGACAUCAGUGAAGAACAGUGGUAUGGAUGUUUGUCAGAUUCUGAGCCUGAGGACAGUGACGGUGGUUGGAAGGAGACCAUGGCACCUGAGUUUGGUGUCAAUACAAGAGGUCUCUUCAGAGACACGUGAUGUGUCAUUAAGAGGAAAGGUAUAAUAUUACCAAUAAUAUUACCACGAUAUAAAUAUAAAAUGUAUAAGCAGCCAGAUACCAAAUAUUCUUGUAAUAAAAUCAUUUUCUCUGAAUGAAUAUGCAGAUUCAUUUAUAUUGUGACCCUGUGUAAGUAAUGGUACACAUCAGUUUUUAAUAAUUAUUCUACUUUUGAGAGGUAGUUUGUAAAUAUCAAAGCCUGAUUAAUUAAAUCUAU